UAAAAGCAGUAGUUGUGCAGCCUGGAGUUCCAGCUCCACAGCUGCAGGAAUUCAGAGGGAAUAGAGCUGGACUUUGACACGCUCACACUCAAAGGAACAAACUCACACACACACUGGUCUGGAUUACUUUGUACACUGGGAUCAUGAAAUCUCCAAAGAUCAAACCUCAAGCAAAGUUCGUGAACGCAGAAGAUUUAAACGAUGUCCUGUGUGAGUUCGACGCCGUGAUGGAAGACUUUACGUCUCCCACAGAGAAACGUCAUUUCAGGUACGACGAGCACCUGAAGACUAUGAAAAGGAGGAGCAGCGCCAGCGUCAGCGACAGUGGCAUCAGCGACUCUGAGAGUGCAGAGUCCCUGAACAGAAACAGCUUCAGCUUCAGUGACGAGCGACUCUACUCGCCCACCUCACUCUCUCCAAUCGCCAGCUCUCCUCCUCUGAUGUCACCAAAACCCAAACUCGGAGACACAAAGGACCUUGAAGAUUUCAUCGCUGACCUCGACAGGACAUUAGAAAGCAUGUGACACCGAGGCCCACACUCUGCCCUACUGCAGUGAAGCCCUGAUGGAGGACCGAAAGGGAUAAAGGGCGUAGACGCCGACCACAGCCCCCCCC